UCCUUUAGAAAUUACUAGAAUCCAAGUUUUUCUAAAAAUUGUUCUUCUUGUUCUAACCUUAGGUCCUAAUUAUUUAUACUUUCGGAACAAUUAAGUUAUAGCGACCACCUUUUUGUCCAUAAGGCCUACGUUGUUGCGGUAGUUAAGGUUUCCUUGUACACAUUUUGAUCGAAACAGGCAAUUCGGGGUGGUAGGCAAUGGGAUCGGCAAAUGGUCUUGUGUGUUCAGAGGAGAAGCAACCACUUCUCUCAUUUGGGGUCAUAUCAGAUGUCCAGUAUGCUGAUAUACCUGAUGGCCGCUCAUUCCUUGGUGUCCCUAGGUAUUACCGGCACAGUGUUUGCGUCUUACAGAAGGCAGUUGAGGAAUGGAAUCAAGAAAAGCCUAAAUUUGUGAUUAAUUGUGGAGACAUAGUUGAUGGUUUUUGUCCCAAGGAGCAGUCAAUGAUCACUGUAAAGAAGAUGGUUAACGAAUUUGAUAAGUUCAAUGGCCCUGUUUAUCACUUGAUUGGAAAUCACUGCCUUUACAAUCUCCCUCGGGAGAAGUUGCUUCCUUUACUGAGAGUUCCUAGCCCUGAUUAUCAUGCCUAUUUUGAAUUUUCUCCAAUUCCAGAAUACAGAUUUGUUAUCCUUGAUGGUUACGAUAUUAGUGGCAUUGGUUGGGCAAAGGAUCACCCAAAUACAUUGGAGGCCCUUAAAAUUCUUCAGGAAAAAAACCCGAAUUCAGACAAAAACAAUCCGGAUGGACUAGUGGGAUGUGAGAGGAGGUUUCUCAUGUUCAACGGAGGUGUUGGGAAAGAACAGUUGAAAUGGCUAGAUAAUGUCCUUGAGGAAGCAACAAAUUUGAAUCAAAAUGUAAUAGUGUGUUGCCAUCUGCCUUUAGAUCCUGCAGCAUCAUCUUUUGCAGCAUUAUUGUGGAAUUAUGAUGAAGUGAUGGCUGUGAUACAUGGCUACAAUUGUGUGAAGGUCUGUCUUGCUGGACAUGACCAUAAAGGUGGACAUUCGGUUGACUCCCAUGGCGUACAUCAUCGGAUCCUUGAAGCAGCUCUCGAGUGCCCUCCCAGAACUUAUGCUUUUGGACGCAUUAAUGUGUUCCAUGAUAGAUUCUCACUUUUAGGCACUGGUAGAAUGAGGAGCACUGAAAUGGUUUUUGGUCGCUAAACUAUUCUUUUGUCUACCAAAAAAGUAACAGGUUUAUAUGCCAGCCAUUUUCUUGAUGAGCUACAUAAUGGACAAUGAAAAACAUGUAAGCAUUUCUCUCUUUCAGAAAACUUUUUCCUUUUCCAACCAAACAAGUUACCUUUUGGUCUUUGUACAGUUGUUGUAUCCACUAUUGAAUCUUGAGUAAAUAUCAUAUGAUGGAAGGUAUCACUA